AUGGCACUGGCAUGGCAAUCAGCUUUCACCUGUCACGUAGCUGUCAGGGCGCAAGGCGACGAGGCCAUCAAGCUCCUCGUCCUCGUCCUCGUCCUCGUCCUCGUCGUCCUCGUCGUCGGACCUUCUGCAUCCCAUCCCGCCGCGCGCGACCUUUGA